AUGUCCACCAAAACCCCAAUCAACACAACAGAGGCACCAAAAGCCCUCCCCGGCAUCUACAACCAAGCCAUUGUCGCAAAUGGCUUGGUGUUCUGCUCUGGCGUGGUUGCACUUGACAGCGAUACCAUGAAGAUUAAGGAAGGUGAUGUGAAAGCCCACACUCAUGAUAUCAUCAAGAAUCUCUCUGUCAUCUUAGAAGCUGCUGGCACAACGAUUGAUAGAGCCGUUAAAGUGAACGUCUUCUUAUCUAACAUGGAAGACUUUGCUGCCAUGAAUGAGGUGUAUAUGCAGUAUUGGGGUGACGUUAAGCCCUGCAGGACUUGCGUGGCUGUAAAGACUUUACCGUAUAAUACGGACGUGGAGAUAGAGUGCACUGCUAUUCUGCCUUAA